AAACAGAUUUUGGCAGCCAUAACCUCCUCCCUGGCAGGUCUCUCUCCCCCUCUCUCUUUCUUCCUCCCUGUUUCGAUCUUGUCCCAGGAAAGAGGCUGAGGAAAGACCAUAUAUCAGCUACAACAGCAAGCAGUUGUCAAUCUGACCAUUCAUCGAACAGCCGUUCUCAUUGGCCUUGAAUCCUGUGGUUAGGGUAAAGCCCCAAAAUUGUCGCAGCCCUAGACUCACCCUCUGAGAGCACAGAGGCCAUAGAUUCCCAUUUCUACUGGCUUUGGUUUCCUUCUCCCCUCAAACAAGAAAGUGGGGUGGAACACCUGCCUCACCCGAUGUCCCUGAAAGAAACUGCAAUCCACAAAUGGAAAUGAUAAAUUCAUUCACAGAAAUCCUAAAAAUCUAUUCCUGUCUUUCCACAACCCCUAUCCUAUUUACUCCCCUAUUCUGUCUGGUUACCUCAGGGAAAGCAGAUAUUUCCUCAGAGUUUUAUUUAAUCUAGAGGGCUUCUGCAAAAUCAUUUCUCCACCCAAGAAGGUCCUAACAGCCCACCUCACCCCUAAAGUUCAGGCUCGUUCUCUCCUGGGCUAGCCCUAAACCCAGGCUCCAUCAAGCUGCCCAACAUUUUCCUUCCAGUCUCGUUUCCAUCAUCCCCCUACCCCAGAGCUUCCAGGGAAUGUUCGCCACGCCCCUCCGGUGGGUUCCAGGCCCCUUUGCAUGAGCGAAUUGAGGCAAGAACUACCUCCCUAGAGUCAAUGUUGUGUCCGUGUGCUGUGCCUGUGCCUCUCGGUGGUUUUCACGGUGAUCUUUUCUCUCUUUGCAGCUGGUUAAUAAUCCACUAGCAAGUCAGGCUGCAGCGGCUGCAGCAGCCAUGAGCUCCAUAGCAAGCUCACAGGCCUUUGGCAAUGCCCUCUCCAGUCUUCAGGGGGUCACAGGUCAACUAGUUACUAAUGCACAAGGACAGAUUAUCGGGACCAUCCCACUGAUGCCUAAUCCAGGGCCAUCGAGCCAAGCAGCGAGCGGCACUCAGGGCUUGCAAGUGCAGCCAAUCACCCCCCAGCUCCUAACAAACGCCCAGGGCCAGAUCAUCGCCACAGUCAUUGGGAACCAGAUCCUGCCCGUGAUCAACACCCAGGGCAUCACGCUGUCACCCAUCAAGCCCGGCCAGCAGGUAAAUGUUCCAGGCCAAGGCAGCCAUGGCACAGGACACUCUCCUUAUCCAGCUUCUCCUCUUUGGUCUCAAUCAGUGAAAAGUAAUUUUUACUUACAAAAUAUUUGAUCUCACUCAUCUGAACAUAUCGAUACUUAUAAAAUGGCAUGUAACUCUAUUUUUCAUUCUUAAUGAAUAUGGGUGAUAACUAAAUAUGUCUUUAAUCUAAAAAUAAGAAUAUAUUAAAUUACAAACAGAGAGAGUGCCCUAAAAUUCAAUAGGAAUGUAUUAUUAUUAAUCUAUGCUCAAGAUACUUAAUUUUCAGAUUUUCAAAAUGAGGUCAAAGAGAAACCAAGAACACUCAUGCCUUAACUGUGAAUGAAAAAAUUAUUAAAUAUUAAGAGAUCCCAAGCUGCUGCUGCUGAAACCACUGCCUACAAAUGAGGAAAUGAAAAAUAGGAAAUUCUGCUUGGUUGAAUUUCACAAAACCAUGAUGAUCCAGUUAAUUUUUCCAUUCAAAUAUCAAUUGAGAGCUUCCUAUGUGUUUGUGCUAGAGGUUGGGUCCGCAGCACAGAAGAAAGGUGUGGUCCCUGACCUCAUGGAGUGUCUGGUUAAUUGGCUCCUUCAACAAACAUUUUUUGAUAACCUACUGUAUAGCAGGCCCCUGAUAAAUGCGAGGAAACAGAAAUAAAGGAGAGAUGCUUUCUGAUUUUAGGGAGCUCAUCACCCUGUAGAGGACACAGAUAUAUAAGCAGAAUCUGUUGUGCAGUAGAGCAGAGACUGUCCUGUGACAGGGCAGGUGUCACCACAGAGCUGGAAGUGACCAACUCUGCCCGGAGAAUUUUUAGUCCUCCCAGAGAUAAUGGCUUGGGAAUGGAGUCUGGACAGUUGGGUAUGAGUUAACCAAGUAAACGAAGGGUUAACAACAUUCCAAGUAGAGGGAACAGCAGGCACAAAGGCAGGGAAAUGGGAAAGAGGAUGAAGUGUUGAGAAACA